AUGGAACAGAACAAUUCAUAUGGGGAGAAGAAACUUCAACAGGUUGAAAUAUUCAAGAAGUAUGCUAGCGUUCUGACUGACGAGCAACGCCGGUUACAGGACCCAUAUUGUUUUGUUGGCGGAAAGGAAGAGCCGCGACAGCGUGAGGAAAACGGAGGCCAGUUGAUUUUAAGACAUGAUGAUUUUAUUAAGCUUAUUGCAAGCUCGAGAAGACUUUAUUCCAAAUUCUCAGAUCAUUCUUUCGAUCUGAAUAGAAUACCUUCUCAUACCUUCGGCUGUAUAUUCUUCGCAUUGGAUGAAAAUAACAAGGGCUACCUGACGAUAAACGACUGGUUCCACUUCAAUAAUCUUCUGGAGAAUGAUAACUUCCAUUUAAUUAUCCUUUACGAGUUUUUCAGGAAGUUUGACGUUGCAAGGCUGAAGGCCAAGAGGAUCGAAUCUGAGGGCCGCUACAGAGGCGGUUUUUUAUCGUCAUCUCUGAUUGGAGCCGACGAUAUGAGAACGAAAUCAAUCAACUACGCAAGUAAAGCGCUCAGUUUCGACGAGUUACUUUUGAACGUAGAUCAGUUCAAAGAAACGAUUGGCUUUUUACAUAGCUGCGUGGAGGACGAUUUUAUCAAGAGGAAUAAUCUUUUCCUCGAUUGGAGCCAAUUCAAGUUUCUCAAGUUUUAUGAAUCAUUCCCUUAUGGGGUAAAGGAUGGACCGCAUUUGAGUUUAAACUCUUUCAUUACCAUCUUGCAGAAUGAUUUGAAAAAUGAAAAGCUCUUUGUGGGCUUUGACAGAUUAUCGCAUAUCGAUCCGGUGAAAAACUGUCUGACUCUGAACAAAAAUCAGCUGGUUUAUCUCUUGAAGCUGUUUUACUCCCAUAGAAUUUCAGCCGAUGUGUUCGAUUCAUUGAAUCUUACCAAUACGAACCUCAUUAAAUCAAACAAUAAUUCAAUUGCAUUCAAUGUCUUCAAGGACAUUUUCUAUUUGUUCCAGAACUUUGAUUUACUCAAUCAGGCUCUGAUAAAGAACGCUACAAUGAACGACUUCACAGAACGGGACUUGAGAGAAAGAGUCAUCACCAAGGCGGACUUUAUGGAAGUCUUGAACACGCAGUACAAUAAGGUUAACAAUAUUACGGAAUUCUCUCCGUCACAGAUCAACUUAUUAUUCUCAAUUGUGGCUAACUCAAAGAUGAAUAAUAAAUUGAAGAAGCUUAACUUACACCAUCAAGAUACCAGCAUCGAGCAUUUCAUACAAAACGAAUAUGCUCACGGCAUAAGUGGAUCGGAGCGCCAGCUAGAGCGCUUCAACACCAACUAUCAGGAAGUAGCUGGUAGCUUUGAUCAAGACUCCACUUCCAAGAAACUAUCACAGGCAUCAACCGGUCUUUUCGAGUUAUUUUCAAGUAAAACGGAUAAAGCCACAAUGGGAUCAAAUCUGACAACGGAAGACUUCAUGAAAAUUCUAAAUCCGAACUAUUUGAAUGACAUAGUGCAUCAAUUAGAACUGCGCAAGAUACAGGAGGCAUCAUUGUACACCAACUACUUUUUCUUCCCGAUAUUUGACUCUCUUUACAAUUUCACCCUCGGUUCGGUAGCAGGUUGCAUCGGCGCCACUGCUGUUUAUCCAAUAGAUUUGGUGAAGACCAGGCUACAGGCCCAAAGGUCGACUUCUCAGUACAAGAAUUCGAUAGACUGCUUUUUGAAAAUAUUCUCUAAGGAGGGCAUCAAAGGUUUAUAUUCUGGUUUGGGACCUCAGCUUUUGGGAGUCGCGCCCGAAAAAGCUAUUAAGCUCACGGUCAAUGAUCUUAUGAGGAAGACUUUGACUGAUAGAAAUAACAAGUUGACUGUCCCAUCUGAAAUCCUGGCAGGGGCUUCUGCGGGAGCCUGUCAAGUUGUCUUCACCAAUCCGCUGGAAGUUGUCAAAAUCAGAUUGCAGGUUCGGUCCGAAUACGCUACAGAAAAUUUAGCCAAAGCUCAAAUAACCGCUGUGGGUAUUGUCAAAAGACUUGGGUUUGCUGGUCUAUACAAGGGUGUGUUAGCCUGCUUGAUGAGAGAUGUGCCAUUUUCCGCCAUUUAUUUCCCCACGUAUGCGCAUAUCAAGCGCGAUCUGUUCAAUUUCGAUCCUCAGAAUGAUUCCAAAAGAAGUAGGUUGAAAACUUGGGAACUCCUUCUGUCUGGUGGCCUUGCAGGCAUGCCCGCCGCCUAUUUAACCACACCGUGCGAUGUCAUAAAGACGAGAUUACAAAUUGACCCCAGAAGAGGAGAAACUCACUAUAAAGGCAUCCUCCAUGCCGCCCGAACGAUUAUGAAAGAGGAGAGUUUUCGAAGCUUCUUUAAAGGUGGUGGAGCUCGCGUUCUGAGAAGUUCACCGCAGUUUGGUUUCACUUUGGCGGCUUAUGAAUUGUUUAAAGGGCUGUUCCCGCUUCCUGAAGAUAGUACAGAGCCGCAACCUGACAAAGAUGAUGAAAUCCCGACCGUUACUAAUUCGUUUACGACUUUUUUUAGCGACUUGGGCAUAGCCCCAAGGUCAAAUCAGCAUGGUCCACUUCAACCAGAAUUCUUUAGUCCGACGGUGGAUCCGUAUAGUAGUAAUUAUCUGAACUACUACUACAAGAGCUGUCAAGCGGCUAAGGUUUUCAUCGAUCUGGACAAUAAUUUUUCGAAGUUCGAUUUUCCCACCUACCGUAAGUUCCACGAUUAUCUCAGAGGUAUAGAGGCCUCUAAGAAGUAA